AUGGUGGUUGUACCACCCCGCAGCUAUGACUCCGAGGAACCCAGUCCACCCCAAUAUACCUGCCUCAAAGUAGCUGAUCGAGAAGCUGCCGCCGUCGAGGAUGCUUGGGAAGCAAUGGCCCCUCGAAAGUGGCAGAAAGUUCGGUUCUUCAACUUGGAGUUUACUUGUGCACCUAAAGCCUUCCACAAAAACAAAAACUUCAUACGGCGGACAUUGAGAGACCGCAAAACUCAACCCUAUUGGAAAGCCAAGCUUUUUGUCAAAGCCAAGAAUAUUCCUCGUCUGAUGCGGCAAGGGUUCCACCUCUCAGUGGCAGACCUGAUCCCAGGAUCCGGCGAGGUUCACUUUUAUGAUGAAGAGAGGGCAAAAGAAGAUACUUCUGGCGACCCAGAGUGGACAGCUACUCUCGAGGUGUUUGCCAAAUCCUACUUUACUGUUAUGAGUUUCAGGCUCGGGUGGAUAACACCAGACACCGUCUUUAUGGCCUCUGCAUUCCGCUGGGAUGAGAAACAAGUCUAUCAAGCCUGUACAUCACGCAGCAGCCACAGCUUCAAUACUCUCUUCGAUGAAAUGCCGACUGGUGGAUGGUGGCCGGCGCCAAAAGACAUGCAAAACCAAAGGGAGCCGCGAUUCCUGAGGUUGAGCGACUGGGUACGAACUAUAACACGACCAAAAGACAGCCAAUCUACUGCAUAG